UGCCGAACGCGAAGACCACAAGAACGCAAGAAGUAGUGGUAGUGGACAGUCAGCCGCAGUAGCUCACCGAACGCGGAUCGCUCAAAGAAAUCGCGUCCGUUCGCGGUAUCGCAAAAAAUUGGUGCUUCUUCUUCGAUAUAACUCAUAACAUAAAAAUAAAAAAUAAUUUCAAGGACGUGCUUUACUGUUAAAUUCACCAACUGAUAGGAAAUCAAAGUGCGAUCAAUUACAACCAUCGGAUGAGUGCGCAUCGAACGCAGACGCUGUGUGGUUUACUAACUGGAACCUACCUUUUUCCACGCUUGUCAUGCGAGCAAGCCACCGAUUGUGACUUCAUUGUGGCAGAAAAUUGCAGUGAAGAGUUAGGUUAAUCAACUGUAACGGUACAAGCUUUACGACGUGCUGUUCACCCAUUGCCUGCGGCGCGUCUACCUGCGCGAAUAAUACACCUCAACAUAUUGCCAAUAUUCGAUUCGAUCGACAACAACCGACAAGACUAAAAAAAGAACUCGGUGACCAAAAAGUUCGUGGAAUAUAUAAAAAAAUAAAAGUGCGACCGAUCAAUUUACGACAGUUAAAUAUUUCGAGUGUUCAAUUUUACGAUCUUUUUUUGGACUUGAUCAAAAGUUAACCAAUAGAAUGACAAGAAGAUAAAGUGGUGAAAUCUGCUAUCAACAAUUAAACCAAACAAAUUACUCUAAACUAAACACAACAAUGAAGAUGAAACAAAAAUCUGCGGUCGUUUUGAUAGCCCUCGUGAUGUUAAUUUCAUCCGCCUCGGCACAAUGUCCUUGGCAACGUGAAGUAGUCGAUUUACAAUCAGCGUGUCUAUGCUCCUACAAUCUGGGCCACGAGUUAAGCAUACAGUGCGAUAUCGUUGAAUGGCCCAAACUUAUCACCUCAAUGCAUAAAUACGCAAAGGCAACACCAAUUGAUCUGCUCUACGUAAACAAUUCCACAAUUGGUACCCUAAAAGACUCGAUCUUCGCGGGUUUGGAAGUGCAUAAUAUCCAAAUGUCCGGCUGUAAGUUAAAAACCAUCGGGGACAACGCCUUCAAAGGUCAGGAGAAAUUCCUGAAGAACCUUAACCUUCAAGAUAAUGAUUUAACGGAGGUACCAGUUCAAAGUUUGAAGGAUUUGAAGAGCUUACAAUUACUGGAUUUGAGUAGGAAUAGAAUUGCAAAUGUACCUAAUGCAGCCUUCCAAACAUUGAUCAAAUUAACUACUUUGAAGUUGUCGGAUAACAAUGUUACCUUAGCAAAUGAAGCAUUAAAAGGACUAGAAAGUUCUUUAAAGAAUCUAAACUUAAAAGGUACCAGGCAGAAAGAGAUCCCACAAGCAGUAAGAGGAAUGAAAACUCUGGCAUUUUUGGAUUUAUCCCAGAAUAGUAUUCGGGAGUUACCUGGAGAAGGUGGUAUUAAGACCUUUGAAGGGCUUGAUGCUUUGACCGCUUUAAAUUUAGAACGCAAUUUGAUACAGACUCUUGGGCAGAAUGCUUUUUAUGGUGUACGAAGAACUUUAAGCUCAUUAAGUUUGCUCAACAAUUUACUCCCGGACUUCCCAAUUGAGGCAAUGCAAGAAUUAUCUGAACUGAGGGUUUUGGAUAUUGGAUUCAAUCUGUUGACUGAUUUACCAGUUAAUUCAUUCGUUGGUAAUCCUUCAAUAACUUUACUUGCGCUGGACGGAAAUCCUCUAGCUACGAUUCCAUAUGCUGGUCUGAGUCAUCUCAAUAACACGUUGAGAGGUUUAAGUUUAGGAGGUCGUUUCCUCCACUGUGAUUGCCGGCUAGCAUGGGUCAUCGACUGGAUCCGCAAUGGAGACCUUCAAGUGACUAGUCGCGAGAGAAAUCCGCAAUUCUGUGGAAGUCCACCAAAAUUCCGCGAUCGCGGUUUCUACAGUAUUCAACCUGAAGAGUUAACUUGCAAUGGCCCACAUGAAGCGGUAGGUGUGGCUACAGUAGUCACCGCCGAACUUGAUGAUGUAUCCGUUGCUGAAACCAUGCCCGUAAAAACCACAGCAGCAUCCACAACAACCACAAAAAAUCCCGAACAGAAUACCACAACAACCACAAGUACCACCAGCACAACCAAGAAAACCACAACUACCCAGACUACCACAUCAUCCACCACAGCUAAAAGUGUCAAAGAAACCACCACUACUUCAUCAACCACACAAAAAGUUAACAACAGGACCUUAUCCAGAGGAUCAACUAUUCCACCAUGGAGGACCAAUCAAAGCCAACAACAAGUAAGGCCCAAUUUGGUAAUGGGCUUCCCAAGCAGAAAUAAAGCCGACGAAGAAAAAGAAGUCAUCGUAAAGAGUGCCUACAGACAAGAUAACUCGGUCAUCAUCAACUGGGGAUCUGAAACAGCGAAUAUCCUCGGCUUCCGUGUGGUAUACCGUCUCUUCGGCGACAAGAGUUUCAAACAAGGACCACCCUUGGAGGCGAGCGAGAGAGAGUUCAAGAUUAAAAACGUUCCGUCACAGGAGUGCAUCGUCGUAUGUGUCGUGUCGUUGGAGGACAUCAACGUGACACCCGAAACGGUACCAUAUGCGCAAUGUCGCGAAGUGCGUACUGUCUCAUCAGCAGCAUCCAACAUGGACAAAAUCACCAUCGCUGCAUCGGCGGCCAUCUGCGGCACUAUCGUCAUCGCUGUGAUCAUAUUCAUCGCUGCAUCACGACGCCGCUCUAGGAAACUGCAUGAGCUCCACCAACAAAAGCUGGGCAUUAAGACGGGACUCCCAAUUGGAGGUCUUCCAGUCAAUUGUUGCGCAGCUGCCAGCCCAGGUGGCCCACUAUCAUCAUUAGCUACCCUCAACGCUUACAAUAGCAACAAGUAUGACUUGCAGGAUUGGGACCAAGUAUCGGCAUACAGCACCCACUCCACACAACGCCCGAGAAUGUACUCGGUAGAGCCCAGCUCCCUGAUGCAGGACGACCUCAGAUCACACUUCAGUACCAAGGGCACCAAACCGCGAUCGAUCGCUGAUGGACAAUCGCAGCAUUCAUUCUCAAACCACUCGGGGCGGUAUCUGGCGGCGGCAAACGCCUUCCCCAACAAUCUGCUGGCGUCCAGACAAGAUCUUCGCCAGUCACGUCAAUCUUUGGCAAUGCAAUCCGAGCGCAUGCCGCGCGGCACGCAGCACCACCUCGUACCCUCGCAUCACGCACCCCCAACGCACUCAGUAACGUCAUCGACGCGUCGUUCCAGACCGCGAUCACGCUCCCGCGACCACCACCGACCGUCCAGCCGAUACAGCACGGCGGGGUCGACGCACACGCUGAACAACUACUGCGACAACUCGGAUAACUGGACGGACCACGACAUGGAGAUCUACAUGGCGCGCAAUCAGACGCGCAACGGGCUGGUACCGUUAUGAGAAUUACCGCCACAGCCGCCAUCACCGUCGCCGCCGCAGGAACGCCACCAUCGUCCCAUGCAGCAUCAAUUCGGCUCGCUGCGGCAGCACAACUUUAGGCGACUUUAAACACCAGGAGAGUAAUAAAUAAUAAUCACACUUUUGCAUCAGUUUGUUGAGAAACAAUCUUCAUCAUUACAUUAUUAUCUAUAUUGAGUUGCGUGGACUUUGUUGCAACGUGUUUUACCAAAAUUCAUAUUAAGUCUGUGUAGAUUUAAGUAAUCACUUAAACUAGCUUACAGUUUAAACAUUAAAGAAAUCAUUUUUAAGAUAAAUUUAUAUGAUGUGUCAUCAUCAACGUUAGGUAAAGUAAUCGACAUAAUUUAUCGCUUAUUUUUGUCAUAGUAUCACGCAGUAGCAUUAAUCAAAUAAGAAUGUGGAAAACAUUGAAAUCUUUAAUAACCGUUCUUUCGAAUGACACAUGUGUUAUUGAACUUUUCGAUGGAAUUUCCACGCCACAGCCUUUCGACACUGCCUGUUUUAUGCUGGACUCUGUGCAAUGGCCAAGAGACGCAAAAAAAGCAUUUAAGUAAGCUUAUAGUAUCUAGGGAGAUAAGUCGGUGCGUAACUUGCACUGUUAUUUCUUAUUUAUUGCAAUUUUAAUAUUCAUUUGUAGAUGUAUAUUUACUUAGCAGUUAGAUAUUUCACCGGUGCGUUUUAGAUUAAUGCGUGCUCAAAAUAAUUAAUAUAUUUUAGUAAUCAUGACCAGGGCGUGCUGGUGCUGUUGACAUAAUCAUAGGGAAUAUUUUUGUAAAUAUAAAUAUUUCUUCAGUACGAAUAGAAUAGAUAGACUAAUCAACUAAAUAUGAAUUAUAUUUUAUGUAAUUUAACUUAUAGAUGAUUUAUGUUUGGUGUGCAUUCAUGCAUUUUCUUCAUAUGAUAUUUUUUGUAAAUAAAAUCAACAUGUAUUGACUAAA